CCAUGCGAUCCGGCAGGAACGCCCCCCGGGAGCGCUUCCGCCCCGGCCCGGCUCGCCGCCGGAAGUGUGAUGUGGCCGCGAGCGGGUCGCCAUGUCUGCCAUCUUCAACUUUCAGAGUCUGCUGACUGUAAUCUUGCUGCUUAUAUGUACAUGCGCCUAUAUCAGAUCCUUGGCUCCCAGCUUACUGGACAAAAACAAAACUGGACUACUGGGAGUAUUCUGGAAAUGCGCCAGGAUUGGUGAACGGAAGAGCCCCUAUGUGGCUGUGUGCUGUGUCGUGAUGGCCUUCAGCAUCCUCUUUGUCCAGUAGCAACUGGAGCGUGUCCCCUAUUCCCUACUAUCAAACAGCAAAGCACGGAAGAACUUCUGACAAAAAAAGAUGGGAAAUUGUCAUCGUAUUUCCUCUGCAACAUGUUGGAUAGCCUGACCAAUGGAUGACUUCCUGCUCCUGCAAAUGGACCAUCACGUACAGUGUUAGUGACCAUAAUGUAACUAACUCUAACUAAGAUGACAUGUCCUUAUUAAUGUCAGACACUCCCAUCCAACUCUGAGAAGAGUGUCUGUUGUGUAUCUGAGUUUCAGGGGAGCUUUUCUCAGACCAUGCAUUUUAAUUUUUAAAUUAAAUGUAAAAAUUAUAAAUCUAGCAAUAAGACCACUCUUAUAAGAAUAAAGAACAACAUGAUUCUGGGACAUAUUUACAAAAGUAUUUAUAGUUCUUACUGCCUGAACAAGUCUUGUCAUUUUGUGAUAGCUUACAUGCUAAAAAUACAACCUCUGGCCUACAUUACAUCAGCUUUUGUUUUCUAAACUUGCAGUUCCUCAUAUAAUUAUCAUAUUUUGUUGUUGUUGUUGUUGUUUAUUAAGAUAUUAAUGUGGUAGGGACCAUAAUUUCAGUGAUGUAUGACUAGCUGCUGAGAAGGCACUGAUUUGAGAUGUGAGAACAUGGACGGCUCUGACUUAAAUAUCAUGCAUAUUCACUUCUAGAGAUGUAGAUCUCAGGUAAAUCAGUCCCCAACUUUUUUAAGUUGUUGCUUUUAAUACAAUUGUUACAUCAGAUGAAAGUUAGCUUCUUAGGAGUCUGCAGAUACGGAAGUUGCAUGUCCCAGUAUUCUAAAGCUGAAUUAUACUAGAUACACUCUUUAAGUCUUACAGAAUAGGUUACCUUUAGUAAUAGUAUCUUAUUUUCACAGUGCUCAACAGGUGUGUUUAAACCAGACAACUACAUGACUUUAUAUUGCAUUUGGAAGAGUUGUCUGUUGGUAGUAUAUUUUGUUUUGCUGAACAGGUGUGUGAUGAGAAUGAGCUAAGCUGGCAAUAAACACACUGAAAGUUA